AUGGAGAAGUCGAACGCCUGCGCUACGCCUCGCAAAGGUAUGCUACGCCGUGUCUCUGUCAUAGUUGCCCUGUUACUUAUCAUCCCCGAUCGCUACGCCUCGCAAAGCGAUCUCUCGGUCUCUUAAGCUUCCCGCCCACCUUCCCUAUUUACACUCUAAUGUCUCUUUCUUACUUUGA